CCUCUCAGUGCGGAAAACACCUGGACCGGUUUCAGAGUAACCGUGCGGGUUUAGGAGGAGAUUCCAGGUUUUUAACCGGGAGUGGGCAAUAAUAUGUCCAGGCGAAAACAGACCAACCCUUUCAAAGUUGACUGGCCAUUCCACACUUCAGGCAUCACAGGACUUCAGCACACUAUUAACAUGGAUGGCAGGGACGAAUUCACCGAAGACAAUGAAUGCUGCAGCAACAACUCCCAGGAAGUACAAGAGCAGGAUAGCAUCUCAGAAGACAGCGAUAGUGACCUCGACAACCACGGUGAAGACUCGUCCUCCAACACUUCUGCUGACGACCACAUGACCACCAAGAGAUCGCAGUGCCGCCUACAAGGAGCGGGAGUCAAAGAGGAGAGCGAGGAAGGGGCAGACCUCGGCAACAACUUUGUUUGUCCUCUCUGCACGCUGGAUUUCAGCAGCCCUGAGAAGCUAAUCUCCCAUGUCUACCAGCACACGACUAUGAUGAGCAAUAGCAAGAGCUAUGUGUGCCCAGUGUGUGGGCGAGCCCUGAGUUCGCCUGGCUCGCUUGGCCGGCAUCUUCUCAUCCACUCUGAGGACCGCCUCUCCAACUGUGCUGUCUGUGGCGCACGCUUCACAGACACCAACAACUUUAACAGGGAGAAGCUUAAAGAUGUCCUCGACACAUCCAGGAUGGACAUCUCCGAAGGAGGGGACAGCUGUUCCAUGUCCCUCUCCAGCAGCCCCAUGACCAGCCCGCCACACGGCUCUUGCUCCUGCCACGGACCAGGCCCCAGUUCAUGUCAGGGCCCUCACCCCUGUCAAGCAACUGACCCCAACCCAAACCUAUGUCAAGCCCACCGUACCUGCCAGGGACCAGGCCACAUCCAGAGCCAGUGUCAAGGCCUCAGACCAUGUCACGGCCCUGGAUCAUGUGCGGGCUCUGACCAGGGAUCCUCCUAUCCCUCACUGCCCGACAGCCUCCUCUCUGAAGGGCCAUCACUGGCAUCCAUCCCUGAUUCUCUUAACUCCUCUUCCUCAGGUUUUCCUCCCAUCCCCGACAUCCUGAGCCCGAUGCCGGUGUAUCCUGCCGGAGUGCUGCUGGUGUGCAACAGCUGCGUGGCCUAUCAGCAGUUAGUGGACGCCCAGUCGCCGCUGCGAAAAUGGGCUCUGCGUAGGAAGAACGAGCCCUUGGAGGCCCGCAUGCAGCGUCUGGAGCGCGAGCGCAACGCAAAAAAGUCCAAGCGGGCGUGUGAGUCGGAAGAUGAGAGGGAGCUGAGGAGGCUGCGGGACCGCGAGGCCAAGCGCAUGCAGAGGAUGCAGGAGUCGGAGGAGCAGCGGGCACGCAGGCUGCAGAGAGACAGGGAGGCCAUGCGUAUGAAGAGGGCCAACGAGACGCCAGAGAAGAGGCAGGCCAGGCUGAUCCGCGAGAGGGAGGCCAAGAGGAUCAAGCGACGGCUGGAGAAGAUCGACCCCGCUCUGAGGACACAGAUCGAGCACGAUCCCGCCGCCAUGGCUGCUCUCACCGCAGACAUGAGUCUCUUUCAGUUCCCCUGCCCGAUGCCUGUCCCUUCCAUUGAUAACGGUCUGUUCAUGAAGCUGCCCUAAUGGGACCAGGCCACUAUAGGGGGG